GUCGUUCACAUGCCGGAAUCGCCCAGCUCCCCCGUCGGUCUCAUCCGCCGCGACUCCCGCCUCACCGUCGACAACCUCCUCCGCGAGGCCUUUGCCAAGGUUGACGUGGAUGGCAAUGGGGUCGUGAAUGCCAGUGAUAUCCAAGUGGGGUUGGCCAAGGCAGGUGUCCGCCUCUCGACGGAGGACACGCUAGCUCUUAUGGACAAGCUUGACCGCAAGCACGUGGGCAAGGUCACGUUUGACGACUUCCAUGGGAUCCAUGAACGCUUCAUCCAUCACAUCUUUGAAUCGUUCGACACGCACAAAAAGGGGUACCUUGACGACAUCAUGUUGCAAGAAGCCAUGCAAAAGCUCGGGAUCGCCGUGACCGUUGCGGAGGCCACGUCCAUGAUCAAGGAACUCCACCCCAAAGACCCGUCCAAGAUCACCGAGCAAGACUUUAAAUACUUGUACCUGCUCAUGCGGUCCAAGAUGGUGGCCAACCCCAACUUGGAAGCGCUCAUGUGGGACCCUGACGUUCGUGAGUUCUCCAAGCAAUGGUGGAAGGCCAGUGUCGAGAUCGGCGAAGGCGGGCUGCGCGCGCCGCUUCCGAGUGACUCGACACCGCACAAGAAGACUGUCAGUCCCACGGUCAAGUUUUUUGCCGGUGCGUUGAGUGGCGUGAUCGAAGCGAUCGUUCUAACGCCGUUGGACGUGUGCAAAACCCGCUUGCAACUUGACAAGACGGGCAAGUACAAGGGCAUGAUUGACUGCGGCAAGCAACUGGUCAAGGGCGAAGGCGCCAAGGGUCUAUACAAGGGGUUUGUGCCAUGGACAUCGCACGUCGUUCUCAAAAACGGCACGCGUUUUUACUUUAACGCCGUGUACCGCAAGCUCUUGGCUGAUAAGAAUGGCCAAGUGACCGGGACCAAGGAAUUUGUGGCCGGGGCACUAGCCGGAGCGACAGAAGCCGUUCUGAUCGUGACGCCGUUCGAAGUGGUUAAGACUCGUCUCCAGGGCCAAACGAUUAUUCCGGGCGAAGUGCCCAAGUACCGAGGCACGCUCCAGUCGACGUUGGUCAUCAUCAAGAACGAAGGACCGUUCGCGCUGUGGAAGGGGGUCGCACCCACGAUCGGCCGACAGGGGCUGAACCAAGCAUGCAGUUUUUGGUCCAACACAUUCUUGAAGAAGAAUUUGUGGCAAUUGAAGGACGGGGAAACGUUGUCACCGUGGAAGAGUAUGUUGACGGGGAUGCUCGGAGCGAUUCCUGGGCCGUGUAUCAAUUGCCCCAUGGAUGUCGUCAAGACGCGCAUGAUGGCCCAGGAGAACGGCAAGGGCGUGGCUGGCAAGUACACCGGCCUGGUGCAAGCGACGACCCUGAUUGCCCGAGAAGAAGGUAUCAAGGCGCUCUACAAGGGUCUGGUCCCUCGUUUGACCCGUCUGUGCCCGUCGUACGGGAUUCAGUGGCUCGUCAUGGACCAAGUCUGCUCCUUCUUCACGCAAUAAACAUAGAUUAUCUCAUCAAUUUAAACAAUGAGCGACCACAAACUCGGCAAGUCCUUCG